AUGACGAGCGCACCCCAAAUACAGCCAAAAUUCAUCCCCAACCGCCAUGAUUUGGGCGUCGUUGCUGUGGGAUUCAGCGGUGGCCAGCCCAAAGCGGGUGUAGAUGCAGCUCCCAUGGCCCUGAUUGAAGCAGGUCUUAUCCAGCAACUCGAGGAAGAUCUGGAUAUGAAAGUCACGUACGAUGGCAAGGUGCACAACUAUGCGGAAAAGGUGCCUACCGAUGACCCACCAUACCGCAACAUGAAGCAGCCCAAGUUCGUGAGCGCCGUCACCCAGGAAGUCAGUGACCAGGUCUACAACCACGCAAAGGACGGAAAGCUGGUCUUGACACUGGGUGGUGACCACUCGAUAGCCAUCGGCACCAUCUCUGGUACAGCAAAGGCGAUCCGGGAACGGCUGGGCAGAGACCUCGCCGUCAUUUGGGUCGAUGCACACGCUGACAUCAACACACCCGAAACCUCUGACAGUGGCAACAUCCACGGCAUGCCUGUUGCGUUCUUGACGGGUUUGGCGAAGGAAGAGCGAGAGGACGUCUUCGGCUGGAUCAAACCCCACCACCAGAUCAGCACCAAAAAAAUUGUGUACAUUGGUCUCCGCGACAUCGACAAGGGCGAGAAGAAGAUCCUUAGAGACCACGGCAUCAAGGCCUUUUCUAUGCACGAUAUCGAUCGGCACGGCAUCGGAAAAGUUAUGGACAUGGCCCUCGGCUGGAUUGGCAGCGAUACUCCGAUUCACUUAUCCUUUGACGUGGACGCACUGGACCCAAUGUGGGCACCAAGCACAGGCACGCCGGUUCGUGGUGGCUUGACGCUCCGUGAGGGCGAUUUCAUCGCCGAGUGCGUCGCUGAAACUGGCUCCUUGAUCGCCCUCGAUCUCGUGGAAGUGAACCCCAGCUUAGAUGAGCAUGGAGCGAGUGACACCGUCAGAGCCGGAUGCAGCAUUGUAAGGUGUGCGCUCGGCGACACACUUUUGUAA